CGACUCGCGUGAGAAUUUUCCUUAGCCACAUAUGUCUGCCGUUGUCAAUAUUCUCGAAUCAAAUAUGUCUUUGAUCUCGUGAGUGUUACACUAUAGCUAUAGAGGCCAAUGUCGGCGUUUUUCGUGCACCCUGCGCAGCCAACUGCAUUAUCAGAUAGAUGCGAGGUUGAACUCCCUGGUUACGAACUUUGGACAAACAUGAUCCAGAGCGUCCACAUUCUUGUGGGUUUACUCGAUGUGAAGAAGUUUAGUGCUGCGCUUUCUAGAACUUUGCAAUUGUGGCCUCACGCCGCUGGAAGGUUGACAGAGCGCGGUGCGGAAUAUAAGAUUUAUCUAACAAAUGAUGGAGUCCCGGUCGAAUUCGAAGACCGUCCUCAUGAAUCAACAUCUUCGGUUGUCCUUGGUUCUCACGUAAUUCAGAGUGACCUCUUGGGCUUACUGAACUCCCGUCGUCAGCGUACUGCGCUCGAUUCCGAAGCCCCUCUUUUAAAACUUAAAGUCGUCACCUUCCGUGAUGAUACCACGAUCGGUAUGUCUUGGAACCAUACAUUGGGUGAUGCAACAGCGUUCUUCCGCUUCACUCAUACGUUUUCACAAUUUUACCAAGGCCUACACCCUGUUUAUCCAUCGCCUACGUUCGAGAAGCCCAUUUUCCCUCAGCCUUCGGAGCGCACCAUUGAAGAACUACGCCCGUUAAUGUCCCACCUUCACGAAAUUUAUAGCGAUGAAGAGCUUCGUGAGAAGUACUCAGAGAGAGUACACACCUCAGAACGAGUCGACUGGUCAUUUGAAAGACAGGGAUUGGAGGCACUCUGUAACUCUUUGCGUCAAAGAUCACCUUCAGCAACGAGCCGACUGUCAAUCCAUGAUAGUCUCUUCGCCUACGUCGCCACGGUUAUAAACCGUGUCUUGACUACUCAGAUACGCAAGAUCAAAGUAACUGACAGUUAUCGCUUCUCGGGAGCAAGUUUCGCAUUUCCUGAUGUUGCUGGCAAUGCUGUGAUCGAUAGAAACCCUACCGAUAUGACGGGUAUCGCCACAAGCAUUCGCGAGACCCUCGUGCACUAUCGACAACACGAAGUCAUCUCGCAUUGGAUGUCCGCAGCCAGUCAACUAAUGCUCGCAGCUGCGAAGUCAGGAAAAUCAUUUUACUACCCUCCAUCUACCGACAUUCUAGCCGUAAAUUCCAUGACAGCCAUCGACUGGUGUUCAGCACACUUUGGUCAACCAGAGUCGCAUAGAUAUCAUAUGGCUGGGCAUGGCUUGCUUUAUCUGCGCGUAUUUGGCGCCAAUCCAUGGCGCGGAGAUGAUGAGUUGUGGCAUGCUCCAGAGGGAAGAAUUGACAUAUCCAUGGGAGUUCCUCAGGGAUGCCGGCAAAAGGUAUUGGACAUACUGGCGCAAGGACUCGACAGUAUCAAGCCAGAUGGUUAA